GUCGGCAGCCCGCAGCAUGGAUUCGGAUUCCGGCGAGCAAAGCGAGGGCGAGCCCGUGACCGCCGCAGGUCCCGAUGUUUUUAGUUCCAAGAGCCUUGCCCUUCAAGCCCAGAAGAAGAUUCUGAGCAAAAUAGCCAGCAAAACCGUGGCCAACAUGUUGAUUGAUGACACCAGCAGUGAGAUCUUCGAUGAGCUCUACAAAGUCACCAAAGAGCACACCCACAACAAGAAGGAAGCCCACAAGAUCAUGAAAGACUUAAUCAAGGUGGCAAUCAAAAUCGGGAUCCUCUACCGGAACAACCAGUUCAACCAGGAGGAACUCGUUAUGGUGGAGAAGUUCAGGAAGAAGCUGAACCAGACGGCCAUGACCAUCGUCAGCUUCUAUGAGGUGGAGUACACCUUCGAUAGGAACGUGCUCUCCAAGCUGCUACACGAGUGCAAGGACCUGGUGCACGAACUGGUGCAGCGACAUCUGACGCCCAGGACCCACGGGCGCAUCAACCACGUCUUCAACCACUUUGCUGAUGUGGAGUUCCUCUCUACCCUGUAUAGUCUGGAUGGAAACUGUAGACCCAGCCUCAAGAGGAUGUGUGAAGGAAUCAAUAAAUUGCUAGAUGAAAAAGUCCUUUGAGUAUCUUCCCUCCUCCUGGACUUGGCUGCGUUCAAGUUUCAGCACCCAACGUGGUCUGGGUGAGAGUCAAGAAAACAGAAAAAGACCCUUGUCAAAGACGCCCAUGUUCUGUCUUUUUCAUCCCUCUCUCUGGUGUGAACGCUGAAUUGAGCUCGGGUGUGUUUAUCCCGAGCUCACUGAUGAAGCCUGUACUUAAAAUCACCUUUGUUUGCAAGCCCAAAGGACAUUCCAUGUACAUAUUCUAAGCAGAAAGGCUGCCCCGCUCAUCAAAGAGAGCUCAGUUCAUCGUGUGGAGUGGAAGGAGCCCUGGCCCCGGAGGCAGGGGACAUAGGCUUGGUUCCCAGCUCCACCAGUUACGACUCCACCCUCUGGAUCCUGGAACCAUGAUGCCCACCUGCCCCCCAGGGUUGCUGUGAGGAUCAAAUUAAACGAUGUAUGUUCACACUUUUGAAAACGCUACUGUGAGAGGGAUUGACCUGGAUCUAGACUAUUAAGCAGCAAAGAACAGAACAAUAGUCUCUGGUGGGCUGGGUUUGCAACCUGCCUCUAGAUGUACUAUUUCAAACAAAUUAAAAACGAAUCUUAAAGGUGUGAAAAAGUAGAGCUAAAAACUGGGAAAAUGUUUUUCAAGAGCUCUGAUGUGCAGGUUUAUGAUCUUCCAGCAGGCUUGGUAGAGUUUCCCACCCAUCAGGCAGAAGCCAAGAAGAACUGCGCUCCCUGCAGGACCCGCCUCCCCUCCUCUAAAGGGCACAGCCCAUGAGGCACAGGGAGGUUUAUUUGGCAUGCACAGGACAGUCAGGCAAAGUGAACCCCUAUCUGUCUUUCUUGGCCUUUCAGUCAUUUUGUGCUGUUUUCUCUGGCUUGUUAAUAAAUUGAAACUACCCUUCCAA